AUGCCGCCAGCACAGAUGACCAGAAAGGCUUGCGACGUCUGCUACCGCAAGCGGAUUCGGUGCGACGGUCAAAAGCCCCGAUGUUCUCAUUGCGUCUUGUACAAAUCCGACUGCACCUUUCAAGCUACGAGCCGUAAAGCUGCGAUCAGAAAACAAUCCAAUAGGACCGCGGCGGCUUUACAGUCUCAGGUGCAAUCGCUUGAGACAAGUCUUGAUGAAGCACAGCAAAGAAUAAAGGAGCUUGAAGAAAGAUUAACACAGAAAAGCAGUCUUCAAAGUGCUCAGCCCCAGUUGGGUGAAUAUGACGUCAGCUACUCUGGAAGGGCUUCUCUUGAUUUGGGUCUCGAGUUACCUCCUCAACACGAGGCCUUAUCUGGAGUCAACAAAUUCCUUGCAACUUUCAACACUAUCCUCCCCCUCUUUCAUCCACAGAGACUUCUAUCCCGGGUCAAUUCAUGGUAUGAGCGGCCCCAUCAGCGAGAUACAUCGACUUGGGCGGCCAUCAACGUGGUUCUCUCCCUAGCAUAUCGCCAUAUCCCAGACGAGGAGAAGCCACCCAACUACAGCACCCUGCACUUUAUGAACAAGGCCCAAUCAGUUCUUAAUGAUAUCAUGUUGGGCGAUUCAAGCCUUCUAGACGUCCAAACAAUUGUCGGGAUGGUCGUGUUGUUACAAGCAACAUCAGACUUAAAACCAGCAUCGGCUCUGAUACCCAUUGCUUUGCGUCUUGCUCACGGACUGCAACUGCAUUCGAGAUCAAAUUCUGAUCAUCUGAGUGCUUCUGAGACUUUGGAGCGAGAUCGAGUCUUCUGGAUCGCUUACAUCCUCGAUCGAGACAUAUCGAUGCGCACAAAACUACCUCCUAUCCAGAGCCAAAAUGACGUCAGUAUUGAUUGGCCAUCAGCUACACCUACUGACGGAGCUGGUAUGCUAUACACGGCUGAUAAUUCGUCUAGCUUCAACUUCUUUCUGUCACGUGUGCAGCUUGCGCAUAUACAAGGCGAAGUUUAUGAAGCAAUGCUAUCCAAGUCCCCCACUGCAUCCGACGCCUACGUCCGUUUUGAUAACGUGACCCGAAUCCACCAGAUGCUAGAUGAUUGGCUUGCUCGAAUCCCUUUCGAGUUUUCUCCCAGUGCCAUUACUCAAAGCGGGAAUGCAAACCUACAGAGGGCCUUUGGUGUUCUGUACUCAAGCCAUUUGACUUGUCGAAGUGUCGUCUGCAAAGCUCAUGCCAUGGAAUCACAAUGGAUACCAAGCCUUCAGGACUUUGGAAGAAAGGCAGUGGAGCAAGGGGUAGUCACAGCUCCACGGUUGCCAGUUGGUUGGCACAAACUUGUUCAUGAGUCUCGCGAAUACAUCGAACUGUUCAUAGCUAUUAAUCGUAAAGAUCCUGCAUUUAUUUGGAUGACUGCGUGUACUUACAUCUCUGCGGCGGUGUGCCUAACAGCCAAUGGCCUCUUCAACCCUUGGCAUACAAAGGCUGGGGCGGAUGAUCAGUUGAUCGACCCCGCGUUUAGCUUUCUGGAUGAUAUAAUUCUGCAAGCACCGCUUCCACAACUAAAGCGUUUACGUCAUUCGUGGGAUGAGCUACUGAAGAACUCUCGCGAGAUGUCAUUUCGGAAUGCUGUACAGAAUGUGGAUUGGCUAGAAGCAACAUGUAGCUGA